CAGAGCCAAUAUCAAGACAGAUGUCCCUUCUGGGAAGACGGACCUCAUUCUUACACGCGUAACCCUUCAAGAAAACAUGAAGUUCGAGUGCGACGUGAAGAUCCCAGGCGACGACGAGGGAAAAACACUAGCUACGACCAGGCUGGUGGUCCUUGUGGCCCCCUCCAAGCCUAUGUGUAAGAUCCAGGGGACCGCAGAGUAUGGCCAAAACAUCAACUUGACCUGCGUCUCUGCGGAGGGGUCCCCCCAGCCCACUUACAGCUGGCAGAGACACAACGUGCAGAACAUCCCACAGCCCCUCCCUGCCAAAGCCACCGACAAAAAUGGGUUGUUGUCACUGUACAAUGUGUCGAUGGAGACUUCUGGAUAUUACAUCUGCACGUCGCGUAACAAGAUACGCAGCGAGAUCUGCAACUUGACUUUGACUGUCAUGCCACCAUCCAUGAACAUCGGCUCGACGGCAGGCAUCAUCGGGGGCAGUGUGGCUGCACUCUUGGUCCUCUUGAUUGUCAUCUACUGCUGCUGCUGCAGGAAGAAGGAGCAGCCCGAGGAAUAUGGGGUUCCAGAGGAAGUUGCCUUCACUGACAAAGAACCAAUUCAGAAACAAGGUGACCCCCGCGAUGACCGCAGCGAGAGAAGCUACGACCGCCGGGAUCGCCGUGAAGAGGGCAGUGAGGUAAACGGCAGCACCAUCGACCGGCGCGAGAGAUACGACGACCGCGGGAGUGACUACAGUGACCGUCGUGACAGAUACGACGACCGCCGCGACAGAUACGAUGACCGUCGAGACAGAUAUGACGACCGCAGGGAUGAUUACGAUGACCAUCGUGAGCGAUAUGACGACCGCCGCGACAGAUAUGACGACCGCAGGGAUGAUUAUGAUGACCGUAGCGAGCGCUACGAUGAUCGUGACAGACCACCCAGUGUCCCCCCGAACAAACCUAAGAGGACUGAUUACGACUAAACCCCGAGAAGUCAACCUGCUCCGCUGGGUGCAGUUUAUCAGGGAGGGUGUGGUCAGCACAUGCAUUGAGAGAAGGUGUGGUCAGUACACCACAACCAGCCUUGAUGGAAUAGGUCUGACUGACACACAUAUGCUUUUGGUCUUUUUAAAACAUUUUUUUAAUAAGAAGUGCCUUCACAUAUGGAACUUUGACUGCUGCACAUUGGAACCUGAUGACUCCAUCUUGUGCCUCAUGGACAAUAUGUGAUGAAAUUAGUGCAUCUCUGCACUGCAAAGGUUAAGCUGUGGUGUUUUUAAAAUGGGAUCUCAUGAAUUCUUUGUAUGGGUUUGUACAGUGGUUAAUAAUGGAGUUAUUUUACCUGGGUAUCCUUUAAUGUAUAUAACAACCAUAUCUUCUAUUUUUUCCUUUUGAUUUUGAUUUAACUCAAGUUAAAUCUUAUUUGUAUUGUAUAUCCCUUAUUGUUUACAAAAGAGUGGUACAUUUUAAAUGAAUUAAAUAAAUUAACAUCUAAAGAGUA